UUAUGUAGUUAUAAGUGAGAUAAAGUAUAUGCUGAGUAACGAAUAAAAUUUAUAGAGAAAGAACGUGAAUUAAUUUAGUUUACGCGACGUGUAAGCCAAGCGCAAAUGUGGAUAAAAUUUAAUUUUUUGAAAAUAGGUGUAAAUAUAAAGUACAACCGGUAUUAUGAAAACAAAAGAAGCCGCCAGUCAAACUGUAUUUAUUACAAAGAAUAAUGCUAAACAACUUAAUGACCGUAAAGGGUACAGAUGGAUUAUGUUUGGUGUCAUCGUAGUUCUGACUUUUUGCACGAGAUAUUACAAGGUUACAGAACCUGAUCAUGUUUGCUGGGAUGAAACACACUUCGGAAAAAUGGGUAGCUGGUACAUCAAUAGAACCUUUUUCUUCGAUGUUCAUCCGCCGUUGGGAAAGGUAUGUACACACACACAGAAUAUACUACUUUCGUACUUGUCUUUGCACUAA